UCUGACUGAAUCCUGCUUGAGAGAGAUUGUUCCCAGCAUCUCAGUAACAUGAGGAGCAGGUUCCUUGUGCUCCUGCUCUCAGGUCUCAUUGUCUUGCUGGCUCUGCCAAGAUCAGAAGCCAAGAGUUAUAGAGUUCCCUGUCCUUUAUGCCCUGAACAUGCCUACUGCCACAACAGCACCCACUGUACUUGUGAACAUGGCUUUCAGUCCAGGUCUGGCAGGACGUACUUUCAUGAGGACAAUGAGAAAUGUGAAGAUAUUAAUGAAUGUAAGACUGGGCUGACAAAGUGCAAGUAUAGAGCAUCCUGUAUCAAUAAAAUUGGAAGUUACAUCUGUAGCUGUUGGCCAAGUAUUCUGAUCAACUGGAUGGCUAGUGUUUUAAUUAAUGAUAAUCCAGAUUGUUAUGAGGACAACAAUAAUCAAGGGACACAGUCAAACGUGGAUAUUUGGGAAAAUCUGAGAAGAAAUGCAAGCAGAAAGGAAUUUGCAAGAAAAGUUACCCAACUAAUUCAGAAUAUAGAGCUGAGCAUCUGGAAUGCGACUUUUGCUUCUCCAAAGAAGGAUCAAAUUUCUGAAUUUGAUCUAGUCUAUGAAACCAAGAGGUGCAACGAGACAAGAGAGAACACUUUUCUGGAAGCUGGAAAUAACACCAUGGAUAUCAACUGUGCUGAUGCUUUCAAAGGAACCCUAAGAGAGAGCAUGGCAGUUGCCCUUAUCACGUAUCAGUCUCUUGGGAAUAUUCUGAAUGCAUCCUUUUUUAGUAAAAGAAAAGGAAUGGAGGAAGUAAAACUGAACUCUCAUGUUGUGAGUGGCACCAUUGGUUUGAAGGAAAAAGUUUACCUGUCUGAACCUGUUUUCCUGACUUUUCAGCAUCAUCAGCCUGGUGACGAGAGAACAAAGCAUAUCUGUGUCUCCUGGGAGGGAUCAGAGGGAGGCAGCUGGUCGAGAGAAGGCUGCUCUCAUGUGCACAGCAACAAUUCUUACACCAAAUGCAAGUGCUUCCACCUAUCCAGCUUUGCUGUUCUCCUGGCCCUUGCCCCCAAGGAGGACGCGGUGCUGACCGUGAUCACCCAGGUGGGGCUGGUCAUCUCUCUGUUGUGCCUCUUCCUGGCCAUCCUCACCUUCCUCCUCUGCCGGCCCAUCCAGAACACCAGCACCUCCCUCCACCUACAGCUCUCCCUCUGCCUCUUCCUGGCUCACCUCCUGUUCCUGACAGGCAUCAAUAGAACUGAGCCUGAGGUGCUGUGCUCCAUGAUUGCAGGGCUGCUGCACUUCCUCUACCUGGCUUCCUUCACCUGGAUGCUCCUGGAAGGGCUGCACCUUUUCCUCACUGUCAGGAACCUCAGGGUAGCCAACUACACCAGCACGGGCAGAUUCAAGAAGAGGUUCAUGUACCCUGUAGGCUACGGGAUCCCGGCUGUGAUUAUUGCUGUGUCUGCAAUAGUCGGACCCAAGAAUUAUGGAACAUUUACUCACUGCUGGCUCAAGCUUGAUAAAGGAUUCAUCUGGAGCUUCAUGGGGCCAGUGGCAGUCAUUAUUUUGAUAAAUCUGGUGUUCUACUUCCAAAUUCUGUGGAUUUUGAGAAGCAAACUUUCCUCCCUCAAUAAAGACGUUUCCACCAUUCAGGACACCAGAGUCAUGACAUUUAAAGCCAUUGCUCAACUAUUUAUCCUGGGCUGUUCUUGGGGCCUUGGCUUUUUUAUGGUUGAAGAAGUAGGGAAGACGACUGGAUCAAUCAUUGCAUACUCAUUCACCAUCAUCAACGUCCUUCAGGGAGUGUUGCUCUUUGUGGUACACUGCCUCCUUAAUCGCCAGGUGCGAAUGGAAUACAAAAAAUGGUUUAGUGGGAUGCGGAAAGGGGCAGAAACUGAAAGCACUGAGAUGUCGCGCUCUACUACCCAAACCAAGACGGAAGAAGUGGGGAAGUCCUCAGAAUUCUUUCACAAAGGAUAUACUCCAUCAUCACCUGCAGAUUCAGCCAAGCAACUGCAGCCACAGGUUCAUCUCAUCUCUGCUACGUGGCUGAAAACGAACUGACCUG